ACAAAUGGACCAAUAACAGAGCUGACAUUUGUGUUUUGAAUGAGACGCGGUUCAUGGCUGCUUGACGUUAGUCAGGAGUUUGUUUCCUUCGUAACGUUUACAACGUUGGUUAAAGUUGGCUGGUAAAAGUUGGAAGUUGUCAAAUAAGUUUCCAAGCACUUCAGAGCCAUGUCCUCCGGGAGGCAGAGCGUCAGUGGGGAAGGCUUGCCUUCAAACAGAUGUGUAGAGCGGACCCCCUUGAGGAGUGUGCAGAAUGAAAUGCUGCAUCUGUCAACUCCACCAUCGAGACUCAAUUCAAAAUCACUGCUCGAUGAUGAUGUUGUAAAACCGACAACGGGCAAGGUUCCUCUCAAUUCCUCUGUCUUGCAAUCUCCUCCAUCCGCCGAAGUGAUUCAAAUCAGUGCUUCCACUCGUGAUAUGACAGCCACUGAGACGGAGUGUGAACUUGGAGACCUGACAUUUAAAUCGUUUAACUGUCCUGGUGGGGAGGUUGAGUUUGCUGACUCCUCAGUGUGUGCUGAAGUUAGUAUUAUUUUGCCCAAGGACCAGGCUAUGAAGAACACAUGUGAAAUGGAAGAUACAGUCAACUUUGACAGCAUGAUAGUUCAGUCAUGCAGUGACCACAUUGAACACCCCUAUUACAAUCCUGAGAUGAAAGAUGCUUCCUUGGGUGACACUGACACAGCACCUAUCUGUGAAAUUUCAAACACAAAUCUGGCCUCUGGAGAUGAUAGAUGCACCCCACAAAAUGGCAGAGUGCUUCAGGCUGACUGCUGUAGAGAGAAAGAUGUCACUUGGAAAUCAUUUGUCUGUGAUGGCGGUGAGGUGCAAGUUUCUGAUUUCACCAAACUACAUGAUGAGACCAUUCCUCUGCCUAAGGGACAGCUGGGCGAACCUUUACAAGACAACAGUGUGAAUUCAACAAAUCUCACUGACUUCGGCCAACUACAUGAAGCAGAACAUGCAGAUCAUCCCUACUAUAGCAGUGAAAAUGGUGUUGGUGUCAACACCACCUUCUCUGAAACCACAAACGAUCCUGAAAAGCCCACUGAUGGACUGAGUGAUCUAACCUUGAAAUCAUUUAACUGCAGUGGAGGAGUGAUUGAGAUUUCAGAUGGAACCAAACUUGCAGAUUCAACUGUUCCUCUACCAGCUGACCAAAAUGCAACAUGCAGUGGGUCAUACAACUAUGGUAAAGAUCCAAGCAUAUUAGCUUGUGACCAAAUUGUGCAUAACGGUAAUCACUUAGAUCACCCAUAUUGUAAUAUUGAGAAUUACUCAUUGGGGGAACCAUUACCAUUCAGCCUGGAUGUUGUGAAGGAGGUUAAAGAGAUGAGCUUAGUGGUACCUGAUAGCCAGACUGGCACACAAGAAGGUAUUACAAUCAGCUCUUUCCACAGUGCCAGGAGUGACGCUGAAAUAUCGGAUGGCACCCAGUUGUCUCAGAAGACGUCACCUCUGCCUGACGACCAGGCUGUAAUCUGCCAGCUCGUGUAUGAGGACAGUGUAGUCUCAUCUGUUACACAGGAUCACAGUUUAGAUGACAAGGAACAACCUAAAAGCCUUGUGGACAACAAUUGUGUAAUGUCAGAUACCAACCCACCAGCUACCAGUACAUCUUCAUUGACUUGCAUGUCUACAAAGGCACUGGAUGAUAAAUCUGUUCACUGUCAAAUGCAAGAAAUGCUGAAAAAGGACUCAAUGCAUCCUGAGGACAAUGCAUUACCUUCAAUGCUUCACAGAACUGAGCCUUCUAACUGCAGCUAUCCUGCCACUGCAGCAGUGACUCCACCUGAGAAAGAGCAUAUGGAAAACAUCUCUCAAGUACAGAAAGUCAGCAGUGAUCCACAAGAAUCCAGUGAGGCAAAAGACAGCGCUCUCGGUUCAUCUGGAAAUGGACCUGUUUCUUUAAACUCUGCAGAAAAACCUCUGACAGCACUUCCAAAACAUUUUCUGCCUGAGUGUCCCUCAGUAGCAUCUGCAUUUGGGAUUCUCAGUCCUGUUGUCAGGAGAGCCUCUCUCGCUGUAUUAAAGGCUUUUAGAGAACCUGCUUUGGACAAAUUUUUGGCUGAAGAUUCUGCUCUCGAGGACGACCCCGCUGGGAUAUGGGCAGACCACUUGGAAAGCCCAAUGCCACGUCCUCUGUUUAACUCUACAGCACUCUGUUCUAAGCCCCAGCUAGAUCAAAUAACUGAGCCUGUUGAGUAUGUGGGUGCAAAGCCCUGUGCAGUGCCUCAGUCUGAAGUGGAGAAGCCGGUUCUGGAUAUCCCUAUGAUUCCAGAUGGUCCCCUUCAGCAGCAGCUUCGGCAGAUGGCAGAGUUCCUUUUCUUGGCAUCAGGAAAGAUGGGUCCUGCUGCUGUCUCUGCUCCCGUUCUGCCUCCUGCUGCCGUCACGGUCCCAUUGGCAAAAGCUACUCCCUCAGAAUCCCACAGUGUCUGCGUGGGCACCACUCCUGUUGAAUGGUUAAACCGCAGCGUCAAUACAUCUGGCCAGUUUGAGAGGAAGAGGGAUUUCUCUGUGGUUGAUUCCUGCACUCUGACUGACCCUCUCUUGUGGAAUCUACCUCCAGGCAGUCUAGAGUCUCUCCCCAGACAAGAGCUGGAGCAGAGGUUAAGGUCUAGCAUGAUCAUGGUGGAGGCUCUUGUACAGCAGUUGUCUGCAGCCAGGGCAACUGGAUGUCCUGCAGGCCCUGCACCUUCAGACCUCAGAGAGAAAAUGGUGCAGACAGACCACACUGAGCUCAGUCAGACCUCAAUGUACAGGGACCUAUAUUUGGAGGCUCUGAAAAGGAUUGGUGAAUUGGAGUUGGACGGAAGUUCUCUCCAAAAUCUAAUCCAGUGUAUGCAGGACACAAGGGUCACCAUGACUGCUUUGAGCUGUGACACAGAUGAUGCUCUCUCCAACAUGAAGCAAAUGGGAGAUGUUGUCAGAGAGGACCAUGAAAGCCUUGUUUCACAUUACGAUCAGAUGAAGUCUCUAUUUGGGAAAAUGAAGGAGACACAGACGAGAAUGUUGCAGAAGGUAAAAGAUGCUCUUCAACAAAGAGAUGACAUGAGGAUACAGAUGGAGGAAGCCUUCACAGCCAAGGAGGCGGCCUUCAGUGUGGUGGAAAAGCUGAGGACACACUGUGCCACAGAAAUCUCAGAGCUGGAGAGGGUCGUUGGGUCUCAGCAAGAGCUGUCAGCUGCCUUAGACAAGACUUACCCAGAACAGGUUGCAUUAAACCAGACCUGCACUGAAGUUCUGAAUUCUGCUACUAAUCUUUUGUCCACAACCAUGGAGGAGCAGUCCACUUUGAUGAAAGAACUCUGCAGAGUCAGAGGCCUUCUGCAGAAAACUACUCCCAUGCUUCUGAAGCUGAACAAGAAGGCAGCUGCUGCUAUGAGCGAGAGGGACGAACAUCUGUGUGCAAGAGAGCAAGCUGUUGAAGAGAGAGAGCAGAUUGAGGAAGAAUAUAACCAAGCGAUUAUGAAUCUCCAAGCUGCCAGAGAACAGAUUGGUGAUUUAAAUCUACAGGUGACAAUCCUGACCUCAGAAAUGGGUGUGCUGCGUCAGAAACUAACAGAAAACGAAGACGAGAACAGUCAGCUGGAGAGGAAGGUGACGGAGUUGUCUGCCACCGUUUCCUCCACUUUGGCCUCGUACACCUUCCUGGAGCAGGCCCUUGGAGCUGAGACUACAAAGUUGCAGCAGUCAUGGAAGGACAUCCAGCAAGCCAACGACAGAGCAAAUGAGUUGGAGACGUCACUGGGUCAGUCGGAGCAGCGUGUGUGUGAGUUAAGUCAGGCUCUGGCUCAAAGUGAGGAGCAGCUCAGUCAGCUGCAGGUCAACUCAAAGUCCCAGAACAUGCAGAUCCAGCAGCUCCAGGAUCUUUGUACACAACUCAGUGGUGUGCGGGAGACUAACGAGUUCUUGCAGAUGGAGAAUGAGUUGGCGAGGGAGCAGGUGGCUGAAAGUGAGUGUUUGCUGAGAGCCAACCUGCAGGCCCUCCGGGAGAGGAACAUCCAGUGUGAGGACCUAAAAGGAGAACUUUGUCAACUUCAGCUUGAGAACAGAAGUUUGCAGGAGAAGCUGGAGACCACAAGUUCCAAAGCUGGUGAAACACAGCUGAAGCUUGAACAGAAACUGGCACAUUCAGUCACUGAAAUAACUUUGCUGCAUCACACACUACGAGGACUGACCAAUGAACUACAUACAGCUCUCAACGACCAGAAACCAGAAGCGGCAAAGGAUAAAGAGUCUCAACGUCGUCACCCCUCCAGCUCCUUCGUUGACAGCAUCAUGGUUGCAUUAACUGCUGAGAAGGAAGACGACAACAUGACAAAGACACCACAUGGAUCAGUCCCCUCAGACACGCCCGAGCCACAGUGUGAAACUUUGUUCAGUGAGACGAGCGCCUUCACCCGCAUUGCAGCUGUCACCCCGAAAAAGAAUUUGAACGCAGUCGAGUCCGAGCCAGAGGAGGACGACCAGAGCAGCAUGGCGGAGCUGUUCGCUGACCUGAGCAGCACCGUCACAGAACUCACCAGCACGCUGACGCUGCUGCGGCAGCGCAAAGACGCUCAGCUGGAGGACCUGCACAACACUGUCUUUGGCCUGCAGGUGGAGCAGCAGGCUGCAAACAACAGACACAAGGCGGAGGUGUCUGAGCUGAAGCAUCAACUCAGCCGUCUGAGCAGCCAGUUUGAGAAGGGAAGUCAGGCGCUGCAGCAGAAAACUCAGGAUGAGAAAACUAUGACAAAGCUGAUGGAAGACUUACAAGAGACCCAGGAAAUUCUGAAUAAACACAAGACUGACAGUAACGAAUUGCGGAAGGAGGUGGUGGAGCUUCGUCGCUCUCUGCAGCAGUCAGAGGUGGAGUCUCAGUUCCUGCGGGGGGAGUUGAAAAAAGCUGGUAGCCAAUCAGCUAUCCCGGCUCACUUCAUGGAAGAGAAGAUCCAGUUAUUGAAAGAGGUGGAGAGACUGAAGUUGAGUCUUCAGGAGUACGAGCAGGCCAAAGUAAAGCUCCUCGAAAGAGCAAAAAGACAUCAAAUCAUCCACCAGAUCAACCAGCAGAAAAGUGAGAACGAGCUUCAGAUAUUAAACAAAAUGAUCAAUAAAGUCCGAGAGACUCUGCUGUCUCUGCCGGUGGUGGUGAAGAAUUGUAAACAGCUCCAACAGCUUGUUGACUACAUUGGCUGACGUGUUUGUCACCAGCCGUUCAGUAUAUUUAUGUAUUUUAUGUUUUAGCUUGUCAGUGUUGUAAGUGUUAAUAAUUUUAAUGUGAUUAAAAUAAGUUUUACAGAUUG